CCUCCCCGAUGGAACAUUAUCAUAAUUGAACCUGCAUCACCAAUAACACUCCAGCCAUCAAACGAUUAUUAGACAACAGGAGUGAUUAGAGGAGAGCAAGCAAUGAGCAGCUGAUCAUUGGAGAACAUCGGACGGCCGAACACGAGGACAACAAUCCAGGUGGAGUCUCUUUAUGGCUCAAUCUAAAUCCACCUUCGACCCCACACAGGUGACUACGGCUCCGGAGUUCUGCCGUCUACUUCCCCGCACUCCAGUCGCGAGUCACUGUUAAAUAACUCACACUUUAAACUCACCUUUGGCCCGGCCAAGUGGUGAGGCAUGAGGAGGAAGGGCUGGGGUGAGGAGGAGGAGGAGGACAGGUGGAGAGGCCAGGGGAUAACAAGAGAACACCGGCAGGUGACCACUUCCUUCAGACCGGGGCUUUGAACAGACACAAACUGGUCAUGACUUGGUACAAGCCCAAAGUCAUCUCUCUGACCAAGAGGGCGGGUCAAACGUUUGGCUUCUACAUGAGGAUUGAAAAUGGCGAGGAAGGUCACCUGGUCCGCUCCUUGGAAAUGGGAGGUCCAGCGCAGCUGGCUGGUAUGAAGGAUGGGGACCGCGUCAUCAGAGUCAACGGGACAUUCGUCGAUGGAAUGUCUCACUCGGAGGUGGUGGAGAUGGUGAGGAACAGCGGCCCCUCGGUCACCUUCCACACCCUUGAUGAAGCCUCAUACAGGCGUGCAAAAGCUGAAGGUGUCAGCUUGUUGGACCCUCACCAGGCGCCAGGCGGUGGCUCCCAGCAGGAUCCAAAGCUCAAACUCUGCUACUUGGUGAAAGCAGGCUCGAGCUUUGACUUCUCCGUGCGCUCCGUUAAAGGAGUGCGCGGCUUGUUCAUGACCGAGGUGACCCCGGGAGGCGUGGCUAGCAGGGCCGGAGUUGAAGUCAGGGACCGCCUGCUGGAGUUGAACGGGGAGGACAUCAAGAGCUUUUCACACGACCAAGUGGUGGAGAAAAUCAAACAAGGCGGAAGCAGCCUGAUGUUCCUGCUGGUCGACGAGCAAACUGAAGAGUACUAUCAGAAGAAGGGCAUCCGGAUGGGACAUUGGCUGGCCACCACCAAGCACCUCCCACACAAGCCGCGCAUCAUCAAUCUGUUCAAAGGAAGCGACGGAUACGGCUUCCUGCUGGCAGAGAGGGACACUUUUGAAGGGCACUACAUCAAGGAUGUGGACAGAGGAAGCCCUGCGGAACAAGCAGGUCUGAAGGAGAAGGACAGGCUGGUGGCGGUGGAUGGGAAAGAUGUGCAGGGACUCAACCAUCAGCAGGUGGUGGACAGAAUCCGAGAGAGUGGCAACACAUGCUGCCUCCUGGUGGCGGACAGGGAAACAGACCAGAUGUGUAAGCAGGGAAACUUCUCUCCAAUGAUCUUCUGGGAUGAGACAGGACGUGCGGCCCCUCCACCCAGUUACACUGAGGCUGUUCAUACGCAAAGUUUCACCCGUCCAGAGGAGCCAGUGCCCAAGUUGUGCAGGAUGGAGAAGACAAGCAGCACUUUUGGUUUCCACCUAAACGGCAUCCAGGGAGUGUUUGGUCAGUACAUCAAAGAUGUCGUGAAAGGCGGACCCGCCGACUUGGCAGGUCUGGAGGAUGACGACAUCGUGGUGGAGGUGAACUGGAGGAACGUGGAGCAGUCCACCCACGAGGAGGUGGCGGAUUUGAUCCGCAGCAGUGGGAACUCUCUGGAAAUGCUGGUGGCCAGCAGGGAGGUCUACGGCCAACUUAAAGCCAAAGGAGUGACCAUCACACGUCUGCUCAUCACGGAGAGACUUCAUGAAGAAGUCCUGUCAACGCAACCUCUCGGACAAGUGGUGCGCGCCAGACCUGACAGCCCAGUUGAGACACCAAGAGAAAGGAGUUGCUCCGUGUCCUCCACGUCAUCCAACGACAGCAUUGACGUGAGACUUUGAAGCUCCCCAUUGCUCCCAUCUUCGGAAGGAUAGUCAACAUUUCAAUGCCAUCGAUAUGAAUCAUGAUUAGCCUUACAUGACCACCACGGUGAUUUUCUGAAAGUAGCUCACCUUUUAUUUAAUGUGUAUGAAUAAAAUG